UAUUUUCCAUAGGCAGCAUACCAACUACAUGCUUCCGUUCUACGAAAGAUCUUAGGAUUAAAGCCUGCCCAGCUGCUGAUAUUGUGAAAACAGGAAAUCAACCGUGAUACCGCUUCCUUGCCGAGAAUGUUAUAUAAAAAGCCUUUCCGGACCUUACUCCAGCAGUUCUGUAGUUAGGUUUAAUUGGGGCGCAUAUUAGGUUGAGCGCUUUAGGAUGGCGGAUGACGGCUGCCCAGCGGCAACUUGGAAGAGGGUUCCUUUCUUGCCAGCUGUGACGCCUGGCUUUAAUCCAACGCAAUGGUCAGGCAUACAGUAUGAAUCCUAUGCAAAAGGAACGCUGCUAUCUGCAACUUCAGUCAACUUGGCCUUCUUUGCGCUUGUCCUGGCUGUCCUCCUGCUCUUGCUGCUAUGGCGAAUGCUCGGGUGCCUUGGGCGGUGUUGCAGAGCCUGCUGUAGGAUACACCCUGGCGUGCGAGCUCGCAAAAGCCUCCUCUCGUUCGAAGUGAUGCACGACCCCUGGCUACGUGGUCACAAGAUUGUGUACAUCUUCUUCGCCCUCGGUUGCAUCGCCCUCGCCGCCAUGGGUCUAGCAACGCUGCCCCGCGGCACGCGGCUAGCAGAGGACCUCGCGGUGCGCCUGGAAGGUGUGUCCGCGUACGCCACGACGCUGCUGCAAGCCGCAGACGGACUUGCCAACGCCGCCUCAGAUGUGCGACCGAUCAUUAGCGAGGCGGCAACUGUGCUGCAGCAGGGGCUGACGUCGCAGUCGCUGUCGGCAGAUCUGCAGUGUACUUCGGCUUUGCUGGACUCGGGCCUGUCUAGCCCAGGUGGCUUGCGCCGCAACCUCACAUCUGCGAAUGACGUUCUGCGUAACGGCGUCGCUCCUGCGUUGGCAGCUGCGGCGGUGCUGCUCAAUGCCACGGCAGGCGCCAAUGGCGCGACACCCGCGGCAGUCACGGCUUCAUCAAUGCCAGAUUUGAUUGCGAGUAUUAGCAGAGCGUUGACUACGUACGACAAUGCGCUUGGGGCACUGCCGUCUACCCGCCAACCCACAAGCGCAAGCGAUCCGGCGGUGGCGUCGCUGCAGGCCGCACAGGGCGCUUUGAACCUGACCCAGUUCAUCUCCACAAUCGACACGUUGUACGACAGCGUCCUUAUCUUGGCCGCCGCCGCCCAGCAGCGGCCUUACAGUUCCCUCGGGGGGUCUCUGUCUGUACUUCGGUCGCAAGCGUCCAGUGUCACCACCGCUUGGCUGUCCCCGCUGUCCGGCACCCUCGGCCGUCUGGAUAACCUGUACUUGGGGACGACCCAGCAGCAACAGCAGAACGCGACGGAUGUUGGCCGCUUUUGCAUGUCGAGGGUUACACAGCAACUGACCCAGUUCGACGACGCGGUGUUUCGGUUCAACGGCUCCAUGGAGCGCUUUGCAAUCAGCGCUGUAGGGACCCUUCGAAACAACUUGCUGCAGCUGUACGGUAUGGACGCCGCCGCCGCCGCUGCAGCAGCCGCAGCAGCUGCUGCUGCAGGCAACCAUACGUCCCCGGUGCUCACGCCGAUGCCUACGGCCGCACCUGUAGUGCAAGCAGCACAGCUUUUGGCGCCCAUGGCGGCUAUGGACAGCACCGCCGUUUUGACGCAGUGUGCUGCCGUACAAGGUGUCCUGACCUCCUCCAACGGCACAAGUCGCCUUCCGGAUUCUUCACCAACGCUCUCUUACUUGACAUCUCUGAGAGCAACCUUGGCUGCGCUACAGCCGCCGGCAGGCCGUGUGGCUACUGCCUUGACGUCAUACCGCAGUGCCCCAACAGAUGCCUCGUACGGCUCCCUCUACUCGGCCGUCAGCUCUACACGCGGUGCCUCCGCUACUGCCCGUACGUCUGCUUCCACGCCGCUGCCUAGCAGCACUACCGCCAUCGUGGCCGUUGCUACCUCGGCCACAUCGCCUGCGAUAGUCCUGCAGACCACGUUGGCUGACGUGAUAACUGCCGUACCGCAGACCGUGACGUGGCUGACUAACAACGACCCGAGCUCGACCGUAUUCAACCGCACCAUCUCUGCACUGAAUCAGCUGCAAGGCGUGUUCAACCAGUCCCGCGCGCUGUUGCUGCAAGCCGGCUACAAUGCGAGCACCGCGUCUCAGCCUUCAACCCUGUUGCAGCCCUUGAAACAAUCCAUGGUGCUUAUUGCUACCACCGUUUCCAACGGUAUCGCCGCCGUCACCGAACAGCUAGAUGUUGCCCUAGGCAAGCAGCUUUCGUCAAUGCUGUCGCCCUUGCCUCCUGCAUCUCAUCGCCGUUCACUGCUUCAAUCCUCCUCAUCUAGCAGCGCUGUUUCUAACGCCACGGAUUCCGUACGACAACAUCUCGUACAACGGGUCGGAGACAUUGUCGACACGCUGCGCGGCUCGACAACACGGAAGUACUCCAACAUAGCCUACUGGGUUGCUGUGGGCAUUUAUGCGGCAGUGAUCACCUCCUGCAUUCUGUUGGGCGUGGCGGCGUUCUUGAACUUCCCAGCGGGCCUUCUUACUGUGGUGAUCCUGCAGCUGCUGCUGUCCUUGAUCGUGCUGGCUGGAGCCUGGGUGGCGGCGGGCGCUCUGGUGAUGUUGCAUGAUGCGUGCGGCAGUGCGGACAGCAUCGUCCUCUCGGCGGUGUCACCCAGCUCCCCGCUGUAUCCGAUGGUGCGGUACUACCUGCAGGGCGUCGGAGGCACCCUCAGCGCCGUCCUCCGUAACGCCGGCUUGGGCGACACUUCGCACCUGACUAUCGCAUCAGACCUCCUACAGAGCCAGCUAUUGGAGCCGCUUCUGCUGCCAGCACCGCCCAACGGAACCAGCCUCAACUCCACCACCUUCACCACAUGGCCGGGC